AUGGAGGGGAUCGAUUCCCUUUCACGUCCCAAAAAGUCCUACCAGUGCAAAGCUGCUUCUUGUCCGUUCACGGACAAGCAGCUGGAAACUACGGAUCUUAUCGCAAUGGUGUCCAUGUGCGGCACCGUGGCCGUCGUUGCAUUGUCUUUCCACUUCUACACCUUCGAAGCCUCUGGGGACAUCAGCGAGGUGGAAAUGCCGUGGCCCUACGUCAUGGAUAUGGAUAAGGAGCCCGUGCAGGCUUCUGGCUACGAGAAAUAUUCCAGCUUCAUUUGCGCACAGCAAGACCUGGCUUCCGACAGCGUCUGCUUGAAGGCCUUGACAUUCGUGACGCUCAAAUGCAAAGCUGCUGGACAGUCUGAGUGCAUCCACUUUUUGCCCAAGCUUCGGAUGCUGGUCUUCCAGGCCGACAACAAGAGCUCGGUCAUGGACCACCUGCCGAAGCUUGCCGAGUGUUGCACUCAACUGGCUGUGGAUGUGAAGGCGAAGGCUUUCCGGCAGGACGCUGCUGGUGUGCUGAAGGGCAAACCCGAUGCCCUGAAGAGCGCGCCCAAAGCCGCCGUGAGCGAAGAUGUCCCCGUGAUCAGCGCACUCCCCACGGUCAAGGAUGCUCUCCAAGACCAGUACGAUGCCCUGAAAGGCAAAUACGACGUGCUGAAAGGAAAGUACGAGGCCCUCAAGGACGGGCAUCAGGCCCCCACGGCUUCUGACUCCAGGGAGUCCCGCAAGGAACAUCAACACGGAGACCGUGCUGAAGUGACAUGUGCAAGCCGAAUGCCCGACUAUAACUUGGACAGGGUCACAAGGCCACCGCAGCAGGGAAGGCACUUCAAGUACAACCCCAGCAAUCGUGGAGAGGCUGCCACGGUCUUUGUCAUUGAUUCCGGCAUCAAUGAGGGCCACGAAGAGUUCCGGCGCAACGAUAAGGGCAUUGUCAAGGUGGGUCUUUCUCCGAUAGUGUGCCUGUCCCCUGCUUGUUAUCGGAUGGGGUGA